AAAUCAACACCGGCUUUAUAUCGGGGCUCAGUGAGACCUUUAUGAAGCUGGAAAUUUCACCAGCAUCGUCUCCCUCCAUCGCGUUCUCCCUGACCUCCAAAGUCACUCCCAUAACCACCAGCUGAUCAUGUCCCAACCAACGCUCUCGUCGUUUGACCCGUUCGCCGAGCAUCCACGCAAUGAGUUUAUCAUCCUCCCAACCCAUCCAACUAGCCUCACCACAACCACAUGCUACGAUGUCGCCCAUUCCAACUUCUCAUUCCCCCACCGGGAUCGUUCCGCCCCAGCAGUCGAAGGGCAUCUUUGUCACGUACCAGCCAGACAGACGUCCUACACCAGACCUCGAGGACAUCCUGUCGAAGAAGAAGGUGGCGCAGACGUGGGGUAGGACAUGACGAGGUUACGGAGUGACUCAGUAAUCCUCCUGUAUAAUGUUGCCUGCUAUCGGUGCGGACGUUUUCGCUGCCGAUCCACAUAUCAUACUGACUUGGUGCUACAGGAAUAAUUCCACAUUCACGAUUUACCACUGUUUGCUAUCACCGAUACUGGUACGAGUCGAGAGUAGUGCAUAAUGGACGUUCUGUGGGAGUUUGUGGGGUCGUGUG